CACAUCACAAUAUCCUGAGAUUUAUUGUGUCCACAUGUAAAUAAACAAAAUGUUGUUUUCUGUGAUGAAGAAAUAUUGACUGUAGCCUUAAAAGCUGGAAUUUAUUUACACAAAUGUACAUUCCCGUGCUCUACUUUCAAAACUAUGGCAAUUGUUCAAUUUUGAGUGGAAUUGGUUUAACAGUAGCAGAGAGAUUAUUAACAGAACAUCCAGGACUUCGAUUGUGUUUAGCAUGUAGAAACAAAACAAGAGCCCAGGCAGCACUAGAUGCGUUACAACUGUCCCACCCAACAGCACAGAUAUCGAUAGUUAUCGUGGAUACAUCUAAUAUUAAAUCAGUAUAUAAUGCUGUCACAGAAAUUAAAAAAAUGUACAGCCAUAUAGACUAUUUAUAUUUAAAUGCUGGAAUUAUGCAAGUUGUUGGAGUAGACUGGAAUUAUUUUUGGAAGACUUUAUUUACAAAGAAUUUUAUUCACAUGUUUACAACUGGUGAUGGUUUAUUGAAGGAACAAGAAGAAAUAACCGAGGAAAACCUAGAAAAAGUUUUUACAACUAAUGUUUUUGGUCAUUUUGUUCUGAUUAAAGAGUUAGAGAGUGUGUUGAUAAAUGGUACCAGACCGUCUCAGAUUAUCUGGACAUCAUCCUCUAAUGCUCAAAAACAUCAUUUCAGUUUAGAAAAUAUACAACAUAGAAAUGAAAGAGGGGGUCAUUACAGUUCAUCAAAAUAUUCCACAGAUUUACUUAGUUUAGCUUUAAAUGAGCGUCUGAACAAUAAGGGUGUUUAUUCCCAUGUGACAUGUCCAGGUUUAGUGAUGACAAAUUUAACGUUUGGUAUUCUACCAUCAUGGUUCUGGAAUCUGAUAUUACCUAUAUUUUGGCUGUUACGUAUAUUUGUACCUACUAUGAAUUACGAUACAUAUAAUGGUAGUGAAGCUCUAGUAUGGCUGUCAAAACAGAAGCCUGAAUCUUUGGAUCCAAUGUGUAAAUAUGUUAGUCACUGUAAUUUUAUUGGUAAACGAUACGUCCAUCAGCACAAGUUAAAGAUAGAUCAAGAGGAUGCCAAUCAACUUUAUAAUCAGCUUAAUACACUGGAAAACAAAUUUCACCAAAAAUACAAAUCGUAAUUAAUUUGACAUUAUUUAAAUUAUAUAUUUGUUGUCAAUAAAUGUUAUUGUUAUGUAAUAGAUAAUAAAUAUUUUGGUAGA